UUUCCCUCUGGGUUCGCUCCUCGGCUCCUGCUCGCAUUUGAUCGCAGGCGGGCGGCGCAGCCCCUCUCCCCAGCCCGGCCCGGCCCGGCCCCCGCCCGUCCCCGCCCCGCGGGUUGCGGGCUGGAGGCAGCCGUGCCGAGCCGAGCCGAGCCGUGCCCAGCCUCGCCGUGCCGUGCCGUGCCGUGCCUCGCCUCGCCGUGCCUCGCAGCCCUCGGGAAAGCAUCUCUCCGCCGCGCUCCGCGCCCCUCCGCGCCCGGCCAUGCUGUGCCGCUGCCCCCCCCCGGCCAGCGGAGCCGCCCCCCGCGCAGCCUGAGCGCCUCCGGGAAGCGGCGCUCCGCGCUCCGGCCAUGGGGAAGGGGCUGGAGGGCACGGCGGCCCGCUGCGGGCUGGGACUGGGAUACCUGCUGCACACCGUGGUGCUCCCCGCGCUGGCCGUCCUGGGGGCCAGCCGGCCCGGCUCCGCCGCGCAAGAUGACGAUUUUUUUCAUGAACUUCCAGAAACUUUUCCUUCUGAUCCUCCAGAGCCAUUACCCCACUUUCUCAUUGAACCCGAAGAGGCUUACAUUGUGAAAAACAAGCCUGUGAAUCUGUACUGCAAAGCGAGCCCAGCCACGCAGAUCUAUUUUAAGUGCAACAGUGAAUGGGUUCAUCAGAAGGACCAUGUGGUGGAUGAGAGAGUAGAUGAAACCUCCGGUCUGAUUGUCCGAGAAGUAAGCAUUGAGAUUUCCCGCCAGCAAGUGGAGGAGCUCUUCGGGCCAGAAGACUACUGGUGCCAGUGCGUCGCCUGGAGCUCUGCCGGCACCACCAAGAGCCGGAAAGCCUACGUCCGCAUCGCCUAUCUCCGGAAGACUUUUGAGCAGGAGCCCCUGGGGAAAGAAGUGUCCCUGGAGCAAGAGGUCCUUCUCCAGUGCCGUCCCCCUGAAGGCAUCCCAGUAGCUGAGGUGGAGUGGCUGAAGAACGAAGAGGUGAUUGAUCCCGUGGAAGACCGAAAUUUUUACAUCACCAUUGAUCACAACCUGAUCAUCAAGCAAGCCCGGCUUUCUGACACAGCCAACUACACCUGUGUCGCCAAAAACAUCGUGGCCAAAAGGAAAAGCACUACAGCGACUGUGAUCGUAUACGUGAAUGGUGGCUGGUCUACCUGGACGGAGUGGUCAGUGUGCAACAGCCGAUGCGGGAGAGGCUUUCAGAAGCGCACCAGGACAUGCACCAACCCUGCCCCACUCAACGGCGGUGCCUUCUGCGAGGGCCAAAGCGUUCAGAAAAUAGCUUGCACCACCCUGUGUCCAGUGGAUGGCAAGUGGACGUCCUGGAGCAAGUGGUCCACGUGCGGCACGGAGUGCACCCACUGGCGCCGGAGGGAGUGCACGGCCCCAGCGCCGAAGAACGGGGGGAAGGACUGCGAGGGGCUGGUGCUGCAGUCCAAGAACUGCACGGACGGGCUCUGCAUGCAGGGUUUCAUUUAUCCUAUUUCAACCGAACAGAGAACCCAGAAUGAAUAUGGAUUUUCUUCUGCUCCUGACUCGGAUGAUGUUGCUCUCUACGUCGGGAUCGUCAUCGCCGUGAUCGUGUGCCUGGCUAUUUCUGUGGUUGUGGCCCUCUUCGUCUAUCGCAAGAAUCACCGUGACUUCGAGUCAGACAUUAUCGACUCCUCGGCGCUAAACGGAGGAUUUCAGCCUGUUAAUAUCAAGGCUGCAAGGCAAGACCUCCUGGCAGUGCCACCAGACCUCACUUCUGCAGCAGCCAUGUACAGGGGUCCUGUUUAUGCUUUGCAUGAUGUCUCUGAUAAAAUCCCGAUGACCAAUUCUCCAAUCCUGGACCCCCUGCCCAACCUGAAGAUUAAGGUCUAUAAUACCUCUGGUGCAGUCACCCCCCAGGAUGACCUCUCUGACUUCUCCUCCAAGCUGUCCCCACAGAUUACCCAGUCCCUGCUGGAGAACGAGACCCUGAACAUGAAGAAUCAGAGCCUUGCUCGGCAAACAGACCCAUCGUGCACUGCAUUUGGGACCUUCAACUCCUUAGGAGGCCACCUAAUAAUUCCCAAUUCAGGAGUGAGCUUGCUGAUCCCAGCGGGGGCCGUUCCCCAGGGGAGAGUCUAUGAGAUGUAUGUGACAGUUCACAGGAAGGAGAGCAUGAGGCCUCCUAUAGAAGACAGCCAGACCCUGCUGACGCCGGUGGUGAGCUGCGGACCCCCAGGAGCGCUGCUAACCCGGCCCGUCGUGUUGACCAUGCACCACUGUGCAGAGCCCAACACGGACGACUGGCAGAUCCACCUGAAGCACCAGGCUGCCCAAGGGCCAUGGGAGGAUGUGGUGGUAGUCGGGGAAGAAAACUUCACCACCCCAUGCUACAUCCAGCUGGACCCCGAGGCCUGCCACAUCCUGACAGAGACCCUCAGCACGUACGCCUUGGUGGGACAGUCCAUCACCAAAGCGGCAGCCAAACGUCUCAAACUGGCCAUCUUCGGACCACUGUCCUGCUCGUCGCUGGAGUACAACAUCCGCGUCUACUGCCUCGAUGACACGCAGGAUGCCCUUAAGGAGGUCCUCCAGCUGGAGCGGCAGAUGGGUGGGCAGCUUUUGGAGGAACCCAAAACUUUGCAUUUUAAGGGAAGCACCCACAACCUCCGCUUGUCCAUCCAUGACAUUGCCCACUCUCUCUGGAAGAGCAAACUGCUGGCUAAAUACCAGGAGAUUUCUUUUUACCACAUCUGGAGCGGGUGCCAGAGGAACCUGCACUGCACCUUCACCCUGGAAAGGUUCAGCCUCAAUACCCUGGAGCUGGUCUGCAAACUCUGCGUGCGGCAAGUCGAAGGAGAAGGGCAGAUCUUCCAGCUGAACUGCUCCGUCUCAGAGGAGCCAACUGGCAUCGAUUACCCCGUCAUGGACUCAGCAGGCACCAUCACCACGAUAGUUGGCCCCAACGCAUUCAGCAUCCCCCUCCCGAUCCGGCAGAAGCUCUGCAGCAGCCUGGACGCGCCCCAGACCAGGGGCCACGACUGGAGGAUGCUGGCCCACAAGCUGAAACUGGACAGGUACCUAAAUUAUUUUGCUACGAAAUCGAGUCCCACCGGGGUGAUCCUGGAUCUCUGGGAAGCCCAGAAUUUCCCCGACGGCAACCUGAGCAUGCUGGCGGCAGUUCUGGAAGAAAUGGGAAGACACGAAACCGUGGUUUCUCUGGCAGCAGAAGGAAAUUACUGAUGCAGCCUUGGCGUGAACAGGAAGGACAGACACAGGGAGCGGUAAAGCCCUGUUAUUGCAAACGAAAAUUGAAAUGAAAACCCAGACCAAUGAGUUACACAAGAGACAUUUCAGAGAAGAAAGCAAGCAAACAAACAGAAAAAAAAAUAUACAGCCCUGACCUUCACAUGUGCUCUCCUUGUACAUUAUCACAGGAUCUAAGAGAAAUCAUGCAAAGUUGUACCUUGAAAAUAUAAAUCAACCUAAUGUUCCUCUUGGCUUGGCUGUACACUGCUUGGUACAGGAUUUUACAGUUUCCUAGGAAACGCUUUUUAUUGCUAUCCAGAUAUAUGGAUAAACUUUCUUAACAAUCCCAGUUUCUAUGGAUGUUGUUUACAUCAAAUUCUGGACAGGGGUAAGGAGACUGUCCAUGGCUCUUUAUAUUUUUUGUUUAAAGCCAUUCUAGACAAGGCUGUGGACAGUUGGUUGUGGCUAUUUCAGAUUAUUGGUUUCUGGUGAAUUCAGAUUUUGGCUACAAUUCCACGCAUCAAUUGUCUCACAAUGAUCCUCCUGUCAUCAUUCUGUUUCCUAGACCUACCUUUAAAAAAAGAAAAAGAAAAAGAAAAAAAAAAAAGAAAAAAAUAAUCUGUGUUUAAGAGGUGUGCCUCUGGAAAGCAGGUACUCUGGGUGCUAAGCAGGAACACAUGUACCGUUCCCAUCCCUCCCUGAGGGAGCCCCACUGAGCUUUUGUGGAAAAUGGCUGUAGGGCAGUGGGGACUGUAGGAUAGGAGUCAAUAUUUCUCAAUUCAAAGUGUAACCAGACCCUUUCUACCCCUUUGUGAUAUGGUGGAGCCAGAUAUGCAAUUCCGAGUAGUUGGGAGGGGGUGGGGGGGUGGGGAAAGAAACCCAGAAAAAAUAAAAAUAAAAAAGAGCAUUUGCUAUGAUAAUUAUUUACUAAUUAGUAUCUAGUGCAAGGAUUAUAAUGAUUAUUAUUAUUAUCAUUAUUACUUUAUUUGUAGUUCUGUCAGCAGCAGGAUGAGUUGUUCCCAUUUUUAUUGAGCCUGUUAUCCCCUUCCUGAAGGCCUUCUAAGACGCUACAAGACCUCUGUAUGCCGUCUGUCCUUCCUUUCUCCAGCCAUCCUCCAAAGUCUUCUGCCACAAUAGGGGUAGCUCACCCCAUGUUGUCUUUGCUGUGCUCAACGCCUACCGCAAAGGCGGUGCAAAAUGGUGAUGCUUCGCUGAAGUCACUGAGCUCUGGCCCCAUGCCCCUCCCUGCAGCCAGCUAGGAUAUUUGGCACCGAUCUGCUGUCCUGGGUGCAGCCCUGGCCCUAAGUGGCUGUGAUGUCUUGCUUGGCCCCAUCCACCCUCCCUGUCCAAAUACAGAGCCCACUGGUACAGACAAAGGCACGCAACGUAUGGAGGUGCUGAUGCUCAACACCCAAUUUGUGUGCUCAGCGUGGCCUCCGUAUGUCUUCUGUAUUAGCCCACCAGGAGCGUUCGUCCCUCUGCCACGUCCACCACACGCAGGUGAUACGGGAACGUGGCAAAAGGAGCUCCCUACUGUUUCUAUCAGUUGUCACUGCAAACAUAUUUCAUUUUCUGCUCCGUGAAAGGACUGACUAUAUAGUACAGCACAGCAUAGCGCAGUGCUUGUACUGCCAGCCCUGGUUGUCCUCUGUCCACUUUCUUCCCCAGCCCAUCCCCUCCACGCGUGUUCCCACUUCAUGUUCUUCCUCAGACCUGAGCUGCUGCGUUUUGGUUUUGGAUUUUUUUUUUUUGUCAUUUUGUGUGUGUUUGUUUGCUUUUCCCAAGGCUUUCAAAACUGCGCCUUUAAAGGUAACUUUGAAAAUGUCAUUGGUCAAAAUGAAAGGAAAAUUUCAUCUGACCUUUCUCCCGUUUGACAUUUCCAUAGGCUUGGGAUGUUUUGUUUUUAAUUUCUCAGCUCCCUGACACCAGCGGUGCUUUCAUUACACACUGGGCAGUGUUCACAAAGCACUCUUUUUCUCAGCAGUUACCCAGCAGCUAGCAAACCAGACUUCCAGUCAAAUCCAGGGACCAGAGGACAUAAAUUUUAACUUUCCACAUCAGUUGAAAGUUGCACAUUUUGCCUGUGCAAUCCCCUCCUUCUGUGAACACGGAGAUGCCAAGGGCAUCCUUGCCACAAACAUCCAUUUUGUUUUUCACCUUGGGCAGCUAAUGCAGCGCUCUGCAAUGCUAAUGCAAAUCUUGCUUUCAGCUUCAAGAGGCUUCGACUGGGGCUUCCAGCUCUGCCCUUUUCCUGCAGCUUUUUACCCAUCUUGGAGCGAUAAUAUGGCUUCAGGUCUUAGCUUUUCUCCCUCGUGCGCCCUGUUCAGGUGGAACUACUUGUAUUUAGUGCGUGCUUCUUCACCGUUCCUGUGCAUUCUUCAUGAUCUUAACUUUCAUCUCUUUCCUCUUUCCGUCUCAGUCUGUCACCUGGCAUCCAGAAUCACUUGUACCCCAUGUGUACACCGUGUUAUUUUGGUAGGUGGGAAACAUGUGCACCCUUCUCCCUAGGGCCUUGCAGAGACGUGUCCCAUAGCUAACUGUGUCACUUCAAGACGAUGCUCCUUUUGCCAGCUGUCUGACCCAUCCCGCCCCCAAGACACUCUUCAAGGGAAAUUGAUGAUUAAUAUUCUUAAAAUAUUCGGAAUCUGGGGCAUUAUCCUUCUGUUGCUCUAAAAGGGAUUUAUAUGGAGGGAGGAGUAUCCACAGGGAAUGGCACUGGAGGUGGAGCUGGUCUUCUUCCAUCCCGCCUGCUCAGAAACCUUCCCUUGCCCACUUUUGUCCCGGGACAGUUUCUCCCUCCCCUGCUCCAUCAGCCUUUGAAGGGACCAUGCAAGCUGCCCCUCGGUCCCUCCACAGAUCCACAUCUCAUCACAGCAGCUCUGCCAUCGCUGCUCGCAUGAGCUCCCACCCCAGCUAAAGCUCCCCGCACUCAUUCUUCUUCUUUUGCAAUUUCUUCCACGACCAAGCCUCUUGGCAGGUCGUGCAGCUGGGGAGAGGGCUUUGGGACUCUGGACCCCCUUGGUGUCCCCCCCAAGAAAAGAGAGAGGGGAGCAGGGCCAGCCAGCCGUGCUGGCGAUGCUUUUUGGUGGUCCCUGUGCCUGAAGUGCGUGGACACACUGCCAUCUCGUGGGGCAGCGCCCGAUCGCGACCACGGCUUCGUUGGCCAGAGAAACAUCGUCCCGACAAGAAGGGCUUCCCCUGGGACGGCUCUGCCAAACAGCCCAGCAGUUUGGCAGACAGGACCAGCUCCUGCGAGUUAUCAUAAUGUUUUUUUCUGUGUCAGGUGAGCACGUUUGGGUUAGAAAAUGACUGCAGGCUUUGUAUCCUCCAGUUGUCGCUACUUUUUUAAAGUGCUUAGCCUUUUGGUUGUCCACCCUCGGUUGCGUGCUGGAGCAGUUUUGCUGCUCUUCACACCAUCUCUUCGUUACAUGUUGAUUGCUAGUGAUAUAAAUAAUAUAUAUAUAUUAUAAAUAUAUAUAAAAUAUCUACUGACUUCGAGAAAAACCUUUGAUUUCUGAGUUAGAGACACUAUUGGAGGCAGUCCUUUUCACCUGAUUUUCUUCAGUUCUUCUUGUGUUGUGUUCUUGUAAAGGUGGCAGUCAGUGUAUAGGGUAAGUUUGGGUUUGUUUUUUUGUUUUGUUUUGUUUAAAAAAAAAGCAAUCACAGGCAAUCCAUUGUAUCACACCGAACAGUGCAAGACCUACGUACUGUUUUAAUGACUCCUGAAAGUUUUAAGGCAGUGAGGGUCUCUUGUGUCAAGAUUUGCUUCCAUGGGAGACUAAGACUCUUUUCUGAAUCGCUGACAGAAAUGCAGACACUCAUGAGACAUGUUGGAGUCUGGGAUGCGCACAGAGCAAAACAUGUCUGUUACUUGGGUUUCUUGCUAUUUCUGUUGCUUACAUAUAGAAUAAAUGUAUUUACAUGCUGUAAGCCCGUCAUUGUGGACAGUGUCCUAAUGUCUCGUAUUGCUACCUAAAAUAGUUUCUUUUGGGUUCUCCUUUUCUUCUUGUUUUGGGGGGUGGGGUGGAAUGGGGCAGGGAGGGGCGGGGGGACCUUUAGACCAUUGUAUGCUCUAGCCAAGUAGGUACCGCAGCCCUGAGGUUAAUUUUAAACAAGAUGAUACUGUUGAUUUUUUUUGCUCCCGUGGCCAGGGCACUUUGUCAACUAUCUUACUGUUGUCAACUGUUCAGAAGUCCUUUCAAGUAUCACUCUGGCUCUCAUCUGGCCCCAGAGUGACUAAUUGUUUGCAGGCUGGCUUGCUUAAUAUCAGGUGGUGCAGAGAUGAAAACCAAACCUUUGGCCCUUCUCCCACAAGGGCUCCAACAAGGUAUUGACUUUGGAGUCACCACCACAAUCCAUUCCUAGCUUGUGUGUUAAAGCUUGAGUUCAUAAAUUUAGCUGCACUGCAGGUUUUUAAAUGCUGAAGCAUGUAUCUUUGACAUUCUUUGUCGUGGGAUUCUCAGAGAAAUGCAAAGAAGUGUGUGUAUGUGUAUAAUAUAUAUACAUACAGAGAGAAGAGAAAAUAAAGGACACCUACUGCUGGAGGCUUUUAGCUCUGAUGUGGGUCGUGGGCAUCCUCUUAUGAACUCCUUUUUCUUGUGAAGGUGAAAAUUCAGUGCGGUAUCAUCACUGCAAAGUCAUUUAGGCAGUGCUGUAAGAGCCAACAGUGUGAAAACUGGCAAAGAAAUAGAGUUGGAUUUGAAUCAAAGCCACAGAAAUGAGCCCUCAAGUUUGGUAGGUCAAGCUCCUUGCUUGAAAGAGGAUCAUGCAGUUUAUUUACUUACUUGUCCUUUAAGCUUGGCACCUGUUCCCUGAAAUCUGAAAAAUCCCUUUAUCUGGAAGUCCUUAGAUAAGCUCCGACUGUACAAAAAAGCAAUGAUAAUUCAGAGUUCCCACUAACCUCUAUCACUGAAUAGGUAUUUCACAUUUUCCGUGAUGCUGGUUAAAUGUAUUUAAUAGUGGUUUAGUCCCCUCGGAUGUUUAUAAAGAAACUAAUUGUUGUGUGCACUGUACCCAAGGCCUUUUCUCCACGAGCAUCCCGUAGCCAUGGCAGGCAAGUAGCUUCUGGAAGGCCGUGAAGAAGCAGGAUGUCACGUGUAAUCAUGCAGGGACAUCCCGCAGUGGUGAGGUGCUUCUCUGAGGGCUCACGCACUGGUCUCCAGCUGCUGGCUUGCAGCUGGUGGGACAAUAGCCCAUAGAUGAGAAAAGCUUGCACGGCUUCUUUGGUUGCUGCCAGCUGGCUCUUGCUACAGCUUGCCAGUAAAUUUUGAGAGCUUAAACAAUAGGAAUAAAAAGCAAAAUCAGUCUGGAAAGUAAACAAAAUUAGAAAGAAAGAGGAGCAAAACGGUCUUCUCCCAUUGAUCUUGCAAAAACACCCCCAAAGAGUCCAUACCCUACUUCUAAGCAGGGUGCGUAACACAGUUGAGAAGUUAUGGCAUUAGCAUUUCAGUACACCUGUGUGGUCAACUCGUUUGCUAACAUAUGUUCUGUCUGUUAACGUUGAAGAGUACAACGACUAUACUUUUGGUACCUUUCUAAAGCAUGGAAGGAGGGCCCAUAACAAAUACCAAGCCUGUGCGGCCCAGGCCGAGAUGUAUUACGUUUCUCCCUCCUGUUCACGUCUCUCAGCUUUGCAGCUCUGCCAGGGUUUGUGGGAUUUGUUUUCUUUGCUACUCAGACAUGGAGAACUAUUUUGGUUUUGAUUUCCCUAUUGCUGUAUCUUCUAUGCAACUCCUUUUCUAAAGACUUACUACCAGAGAAGUGCUAGCCAUUGCAUUAUUUGUAUUGCUGUACAGUGGAGGUGUGGUUUACUAGUUCUGAGUGUGCCUCUUACCCCCCUCCCUUUUUCUCCUUCCCUCUGUUUGUAAAUGCCUGCAUUUAUUCUGUCAGCCUGACAUGUACAAAGUGUAAGAAAGAAUUUUUAAACAGGUAAUAAAUUAUAUUUAUAAGCAACUGGA